GAUAUGAAUAACCUAGUACCAACUUUCUGAUAACUGAUUAGCAUUGAUUGUUAAUUGUCAACGGUGAAUGAGUUGAUCGCUGAAUAAAACAGCAAAACACUUACAAACAAGGAAUUAGUAUAGUAAUAAUACUAUUAGUUAUGAACCUGGAGGUCCCAAGUUCGAAUCUCUUGCAUAAUACCUAAUAACAAAAAGCAAUCUAUAUCACCCCUUAUAAAAAAAACAAUUGCUAAAGAGCUUGUCUUCUUCUCUGAAGCUUCUCGUAUCUGUUGGUGGAGAAUAAAUGUGUUGCUGCAAAUUCGGUUGGCUAGUUGGUUUGCGAAGACUUAGUUCUUCUGAUGCUUUCAAAGCAUCUAACACACCACUGCAAACAUGGUGGAUUGAAGUAUCGAGCUACGAGCCUGCGACCUUUGAUGUAAUUAGGUGGGCAAUCGAUUCGGUAAACUCGAAUCGAACCGAAAUUGAAUUAAACUGAAUCGAACCGAAAUCGAAAUAAUGUUAUUCGGUUCGGGAGGGAAAUAUGGAUAUUUCAGAAACCAUAGUUCUUUCAACCGAACCGAAUUUUUGAUAAAAAAAACCGAAAUAAAUAAUUGUAAGCUUCAAAUGGUGGUUUUUUUUUAUUUUUAUGUUUGUAGUUGUUUUUAGACUUAAAUAUUUGAAAUAUUUAUGACUUAUGUGUUGAAAAGUUUGAUUUUUCAUUGAUGAUGCAUAUAAUUGUAUAUUUAUUGUUUAUAUUAGGGGUGAAAAAUAAUUUAAAAGUGAGAAGAUACAAGUAGCCUCACAAAUUCAAUUUUGUGUGAAAAACGAACCGAACCAAAUUAUAAUUCGGUUUAAACUGACUUAAUCGAAUUAUAAUUCAGUUCGAAUUCGGUUUGAGAGAAUUCGAGGACCUGGUAUUCAUAAUUUCAGUUCGGUCGAAAUCGAACCGACCGAAUGCCCACCCCUAGAUGUAUUGCAUAUCUACUAGCGGUAAUAUUUCAUUAGUAUUAGGCGUUUGAAAUGAUCGUAAUAGGCAGUGUUAUUAAAACCGAGCCGCUCGGUCCGACCGGUAAAACUGCCACCCCGGUGACAAAAUCGGCUCGGAACAGUCUAAAAGCCGCUCCGGUUUUAUGUAGCGGUUGAUGAGCGUCCGAGGCGGUUAACCGCUCAAGCCGCUCGUCCGAGUUUUGCCAUUCAGCCGUUAAAUUUAAUUAAAAAAAAUUGCAGAAAAUUAAAAAUUGAAAUAAACCAAAAACGUCGGGUUCUCAAACUGAAUCCUUAUUUCCAUUUCACAAUUUCGAAGGAAAGAGACGAGCUCUGAUUAAGAAAUGUCCACUAUUUAUACUGAUAAAGUUUGUUAGGUACCGGUUCUCUAACGGUUUUUAAACGGUCUAAUGUCGGUUGGACCACUAAAGUGCGAGCCGUUCGCAUUAUCGAGUCAUAAUUCGAUUCGGUUCCGAGUAAUAGGAACCCAUAUCUACUAGCGGUAACAUCUAAUUAAUUGAAGAAAGUCGCCCCUCAAUUAACUCAUAGUUGAUGUUAAUUUGAUGGUGAACUCUAACAAACAGAGUUGCAUAUUUUAUAUUUUUGUUUUUGUUAUAGAUAAUCUUAUCCUAGUUACCAUAUUCUUCGCCAACUGAUUUAUUUUCUUCUCUCAACAACACCUUCUUGUUCCCCGCAUUAAUUAUCGUGGAUUGAAUGUUUAAAGUUUCCACCACAACAACCUUGUUCUUCAUGCAUUGUGCGUUGAUCCCUGUGUAUAAAUUCAUAACCAAAACCCUAACACAUUAUCAUCACGAUCACCUCGCACAUUGAAGCAAACAAGAAGAUCGAAAAAAGGGAAGGAUAACGAUGGUGCAAAAGGGCGGUGUUGCUGUAAUCUGGCUCCUGCUCUUGUCAACACUGCUUUCCCAAGUGUUGGUCCAGGCAUAUAAUUUCUUCCCAAAAACGAAGGUGGUUAUGUUUAACCAAAUCGAAGGAGGGCCGAAACUGAUGGUUCACUGCAAGUCCAGGCAAGACGAUCUGGGAGUGCGCUGGUUGGACCCAGGAAAGAGUUUCGAGUGGUCCUUCCACCCGCACUUUUUUGCAAAGACUUUGUACUUCUGCGCCUUCCGCUGGGAGCACGGAGCUCAUCUUGUUUGGUUCGACAUCUAUAAACAACAGAGGGACGAAGAAGUGUGCAAACAGUGUCAAUGGGCCAUCAGGAGAGAUGGACCGUGCUUGGCCGUAUCGGGUUCCGAAAUGUGUUAUCACUAUAGGGACCAUCUUCAGUAAGACAACGAGCUCUUCUAGGCACACUAUAGGUGAUCAAGUUCAUUUUGGGUUGGACACAAAUUUUUGUGAAUAAUUAGUUAUGUUGCAUUGCAUAUAGUGUGGGAUAGGAUGUUGUUAGCUCUAUCUAUAACUAGGAAUAUGGUUUUGAUGCUUUUAUUGGGAGACCUGAUGGAAGUGGAAUAAAAUGAAAGCUAUUCUUCUUCUUCAUUAAUAUCUUUAUUAUAAUCUUGGUUAUUACUAUUAAAUUUUUAAUUUUGGUCACUGAGAUUACAAAAAACGUUCAAGUUUGGUCACUCGAAAUAUUUAAAUCCAUUGGUGGUACUUCAGUUUACUGAAACCGUUCACGUUUGGUCACUCUCCAUCCAACUCCGUUAACUUUGGCUGAUGUGGCAGUCAGCUCUCAAAGUUGACCGUUAACUUAGUGACGUGGCAUUUAAAAAAUUAUUAAAAAAUACAAGGACAUAUUUGAUAUAAAAAAUAGUAAAUGGGCAUAUUUGAUAAAACUACAUAGUAUAGUAGAGUAACAUACUAUACUUAUAAUGUUAUCAACUUUGUUUUUGGACUAAUAUGUUAUUAACUAACAUAAGAAAACAGGCCUUAUUCCGGUCGGACCAUACUGAUGAAAACUCAGUGCAACAUUAUCAACCGGUUUGACAACCUUGGGUUUGGGUAGUAGAUUAGGUAAGAACUCACCUAACCUUGCGCUGAUCUCCCUCUUCGUUUCAAGUUUCAACCCUGUCUUGUCAUCUACACCGCCGGAUCAAUCUCUUUGCACUCUUCUCAUAAAAUUUCUGAUUUGGCUUCUCCUCUUCUAAUUUCUAAAUUUAUACGUUUCCGGUCGCCGGUCUCGAGUUCUUAGUGAUCUCAUUAAUCGCGACAGUGUGAAAUCUGUCCUCUUCUUUCAGAUUUUACAUUACGUUAGAAACAUCGCCGGCCACCUACCAUACCAAUUACCAACCCACCUUUCUGAAGAUUCCGGCGACCUUGAUCUGAUCCUCCGGCAACCCACGAAAACUCCAAUGGCUACCAUUUCCAAGCUCUCCUCCAAUCUUCACCAUCCCCUCCAAUCAUCUUCCCAUCCCAACUCGCCAUCUCCCUUCUCCAACAUUUCCUUCCUCCCCUUCCAAACCCCCAACCGGUCUUCUUCUUCCUCGCCUUCGCCUUCUCUCCGGCUCGUUUUCUCCGGCAAGCCCUCGACGCCCUCUUUCCUAGUUAGGUGUGCUGCUUCAGCGGGGAAUGGGAGCCCUGCCAAGAGAACCACUCUUCAUGAUCUCUAUGAAAGGGAGGGUCAGAGCCCUUGGUAUGAUAAUCUCUGCCGCCCUGUCACCGAUCUCAUCCCUUUGAUUGAGACUGGUGUUAGAGGCGUCACUAGCAACCCUGCGAUUUUCCAGAAGGCUAUCUCAUCCUCCAAUGCCUAUAACGAUCAGUUCAAGGAGCUUGUACAGUCAGGGAAAGACAUUGAAAAUGCGUAUUGGGAACUCGUAAUCAAGGAUAUUCAGGACGCGUGCAAGCUCUUUGAGUCUAUCUAUGAUCAAACGGACGGCGCUGAUGGCUAUGUCUCAGUUGAGGUUUCGCCUAGACUAGCUGAUGAUACCCAAGGGACCGUCGAGGCAGCGAAAUGGCUGCAUAAGGUGGUAGAUCGUCCCAAUGUGUACAUCAAGAUUCCUGCUACUGCUGCAUGUGUGCCCUCCAUUAAGGAUACGAUCUCACUUGGUAUCAGUGUGAACGUGACUCUCAUAUUCUCUCUCGCUAGAUAUGAAGCGGUCAUUGAUGCUUACUUGGAUGGCCUCGAGGCAUCUGGCCUAAGUGACCUCUCUAGAGUGACGAGUGUUGCUUCCUUCUUCGUAAGUAGGGUGGACACUCUCAUCGACAAAAUGCUAGAGAAGAUUGGGACUCCAGAGGCACUUGAUCUCCGCGGAAAGGCCGCAGUAGCUCAAGCAGCUCUGGCAUACCAGCUGUACCAGAAGAAAUUCUCUGGCCCGAGAUGGGAGGCCUUGGUGAAGAAGGGUGCCAAGAAGCAGAGGCUGCUGUGGGCAUCAACUAGCGUGAAAAAUCCUGCCUACUCUGAUACUCUAUAUGUGGCACCCCUUAUUGGACCAGACACGGUCACAACCAUGCCUGAUCAAGCACUUCAGGCAUUCGUCGAUCAUGGAACCGUUGGGAGGACCAUCGAUUCUAGCGUAUCGGAAGCUGAAGGAAUAUAUAGUGCUCUGGAGAAGCUGGGCAUUGACUGGAGCCAGGUAGGCGAUCAGCUGGAGGCAGAAGGAGUGGAUUCAUUCAAGAAGAGCUUUGAGAGUCUGCUGGACACCCUGCAAGAAAAGGCCAACUCCCUUAAACUUGCUAGCAUGUAAACUGGAAAUUAGCAGUCAUAUUGAGUUGUUGAUUGAUCUUUAGUUGCCAGUUUUCGGUAACGAGAACUUCGGUCUGUUGCAUCAUUGAGGUCGUGGAUUUGGCGUGCGUGGGUCUGCACUAUAUGUUUUUACAAUAAAUGUGCGUAAAUCGAUCGAUAAAUGCUCGUAGAACUUUUAUUCUUCCUUCCCUGUCUUCUUCAAAAAUUUCCAGGGCACUAAUGGAAGAAUGGUGAGUAAGUAUUAUUACCAUGUACAUAAGAACUGGACCACAGCUAGCAGAGGUCCGGAUAAUAUAUACAGGUCAGGACUCAGGACCAUAUAUUCAUCCAAUCUGGAAGGACGUCCAAUCUUUCCUUUUUCCGUUUAUGGUAGAAACAAUCUUUCCUUUUUAACAAACACAACCUUCAUCAUUAGGAAAUAAUGAUCUGCGACUCUGUAGAGAGUUGUCACGAUGUCAAUUGAACUUAAUCCUAAACUACAUGCAUAGUUAAUUUUUGGCAAAAUACAGCUGUAUAUCCACAACUAUCAGGUUUGUGACAAAUAUAUCCAUAACUAUCGAAAUACACGAAAUAUCCAUUUCCGUCCACUCCGUUAACUCCGUCAGUUAACUUGAUGACUGGACAGACGGUGGAUUCUUAGUUGGCAUGCUUCUGGCCCCACUAAAUGAUGUGGAUUAAAAGAGAAAAAAAAUUAGGCAAAAUACAGUUGUAUAUCCACAACUAUAAGGUUUGUGACAAAUAUAUCCACGACUAUCGAAAUACACAAAAUAUCCAAAAAUCGGAAGGUUGUGUAACAAAUCUAUCCACUUUCGUCUGAAACUAUAACGACAUGUCAGACGACGUUAAAUUGACUAACAAAAUGCUGAAUCGAUGCCAUCUCACCUUCCAUAAGCCAAAAAGCAACCUAACUUUACACCGUUAUCUGUUAGACCUCGAUGUUGUAGUCUUCUCUGUUGGCGAUUUGGUUAGAUUCAAACUUGGUAUUACCAUGGCACCGACUGCAUGGAAGCCGUUGGAGUAAAAGGGAGGCAAUGGUUCGGGAUUGUGGUUGGAAUCAAAAUCUGGGCUUGGGAUAGGGUUAUUUGGGGGUGGAGGCGUCGAUCGGAGGAAAUCAGUGGUUAUCGGGCGUGUUUCUAGGUUGAAUUUUUAGUCUCGCUGUCUGUGGUUUUUAGGGUUUUUAAUUUUUUUUUUUCUCUUUUAAUCCACGUCAUUCAGUGGGGUCAGAAACACGUCAACUAAGCAUCCACCGUUUGUCCAGUCAUCAAGUUAACUGACGGAGUUAACGGAGUGGACGAAAAUGGAUAUUUCGUGUAUUUCGAUAGUUGUGGAUAUAUUUGUCACAAACAUGAUAGUGGUGGAUAUAUUUGUCACAAACCUGAUAGUUGUGGAUAUACAGCUGUAUUUUGCCUUUAUUCAACUAGCCUAUUUGGCAUCUACGUGUAAAGUUUGGUUGCUUUUUGGCUUAUGUGUCAGGUGAGCUGGCAUCGAUUCAGCAUUCCGUUAGUCAAUUUAACGCUGUCUGACACGCUGUUAUAAUUUCAGACGGAAGUGGAUAGAUUUGUCACACAACCUUCCGAUUUUUGGAUAUUUCGUGUAUUUCGAUAGUUGUGGAUAUAUUUGUCACAAACUUGAUAAUUGUGGAUAUACAGCUGUAUUUUGCCUUAAUUUUUAUGGACAGGAGUCAGAAUACAGUAGCACAUGUGUUGGCUCGAGGAGCUCCAGAAUGGGAUAGUGAAUUAAUUUGGUUUGAUAGCCCUCCGGGGAUUAUUGUAGCUCAGCUGGAGCAAGACACUCUUCAUAGCCUGACAACAUAAUAAUAUUCAUACAGGUUUACGUAAAAAAAAAAUUAUGGACAGAGAAUCACGGAGUGCAACUUAUCAAAUUAGUGAUGUCAAUAGGGCGGGAAAUGGCGGGUAGCUCAAUACUUAUAUCUGUAUGCACUAAGUAUGAAUUGGAUAAGGUAAUAUCCUGAAUAAAGAGUUCGCCUCUCUCUCUAAAAUUCAAAACGCUCUCUCCUCUCUCUAAAAGUCCCUUCUCACUUUCUCAGCUCCUCCUUGAGGGUUGCUGGCCUGCUGCCGGUAACGUCCUGUGGCGGCCCUCCCUUCGUCCUUCCUUUGUAUGCUCAUUUUUUCCAGUAUAUGCGCUUUUCUUUUUCUGUUUCCAGUCCCCUUUGUGGGUUUUCCUUAUCCCCUCGUGGGUCUUUUCCUUGUUCUGUCUCAUGGGAUGGAUCUUUCCUCGUUCAAGUUUUGUUCUAAUUUUCAGAUGUUGGAAGCUUGGAGCUUUUGGUCCAGUUGCAGAGGGGGUUGUUGAUUUUUCUCCAACUCAUCUUCUUUACAUGAAUCUUUCAUCUACCUCCUUGUUUCAUCCAACAAAUCACGAUGAUCCGGACAUGCAGUAGUCUUCCUUUGUGAAUCAGCUCGGAUGCGGUUCUUGGAAUCGAAGAUGGGGACUCCUCACUCAGAGAUCGUUGCAUGCUUUGUUUCUGGGUUCUGCCAAGUCCUUCGGUGGUCUUCUCCUUGUUGAGGGUGUUUCUUUGUCAUCAUCCACGGCUCGUCUCGGCUGGGUUUGCAGUUCCCCUUGUUUUCCUGGUCGACAACUUCUUUUGGUCUUGGCAGUGUGUUCUUCUCGGCAGCGGCGACGAUCUCUUUAUGGGGUUUCAUUUCAGAUAGGGUUAUGAUUGGUUUUCCUCCAUGUGGGCCUCCAUUGUGAGUUUUCUUGUGUAUUUUCUGAUUUGUGGUUGGCUUACAUGUUUUGGGCCUCUCCUUUUGCCUUAUUUGAUUUGAUUGUCUUUCCUUGGACCUAGUCCAAAACUCUAUAAUUGUUUCUCAGUUAAUGAAACUGUGUUUGUACAAAAAAGGAUAAGGUAAUAUCCAUGUAGGUACGAGGCGCGGUGGCCGACCCAUUUACAAGAACACACAGGAAAACAGUUCAAUAUUAAUGAAUGAGAAAUAUAGGC